AGUGAGCGGCGGACCGUUGGGACCGUUGGGACCGUUGGUACCGUGUCUGUGUCUCUGUCUGCGGUACCGGAACCCCUCCGUGCUCCGGUAUGAGCUAAUCAUGAUCUGAUUAACGGGAGUUUUAAUUCGGCAGUUUGGAGAAGCGACAUUUUCAAAAUAAAAUAAAAAAAACCUCGGAGAGAUGGAGGCAGUGAGUAAGUGGACGCCGCAACAAGUGGUGGACUGGAUGAGAGGUUUGGAUGACAGCCUGCAGCCGUACAUCCCGUCCUUCCAGCAGCAGCAGGUGGACGGGGAGAAGCUGCUCAGGAUGUCCCACCAGGAGCUGCUGUCUCUGGGUGUGUCGCGGGUCGGACACCAGGAGCUGGUGCUGGAGGCCGUGGAUCUGCUCUGCGCCCUGAACUAUGGUGUGGAGUCGGACAACCUGAAGACUCUGGUGGGGAAGAUGAGAGCGGCGCACCACAGCCUGAGCAGCGCGGUGACACAGCGCAGGAAGAACCCCGCUUACCACAGCAAAAUCUCCCAUCAGCCCUCCAACGAAUUCCUGACUGCUGUGGUUGAGCUGAUCGGAGCCGCCAAGAGUCUGCUGGCCUGGCUGGACAGGACUCCUCUGACGAGCGCCAACGACUUCACCUCCACCAAGAGCAGAAUCAUCCAGCUGUGUCUGGAGCUCACUUCCACCGUGCAGAAGGACUGUACUGUUUAUGAAAUUGAGGAGAAGAUUCUGGAAGUGUCCCGAGCUCUGAACGGCAUCUGCGAGAAAACAGUCCAGGCGACCUCUGACCCCUUAAAGAGUGAGAUGGCCUGUCUGGAGGAGGUGCACAUCACCAACGUCAAGCCUGGGGAGGGACUGGGUAUUUACAUCAAAUCCACCUACGACGGCCUUCAUGUCAUCACAGGAACAACAGAGAAUUCUCCUGCAGAUAAAACAAAGAGGAUUCAUGCUGGAGAUGAAGUCGUUCAGGUCAACAAACAGACAGUGGUGGGCUGGCAGUUGAAGCACCUGGUGGAGAAGCUGAGGGCAGAGUCUGGAGGCGUAGUCAUGGUGGUGAAGAAGAGGCCGUCUGGAACAUCCGGUGGCUUUGCACCCGCUCCGCUGAAAAACCUGCGCUGGAGACCACCGCGCGUACAGACCUCUCAGGGAGCUCCAGGUCUCUACAGAUCUCGACAGCCAGAAACCUCAGACGCUCCUGGGAAGAGGGGGAAGGCAGCCAUACUGGAUUUGUAUGUCCCUCCUCCCCCUUCAGCCCCUUACGUGCCACUAGACGCGAAUAUGAACGUGUCUCCAGGUGUGAAAAUGAGGCCGAAGUCUCCGAACUCGUGCCUGGACGCAGAUGUGCGGCGACGCUUCACUGUUGCCGACGACAACAGGACGUCCAUCGGCCCCCCACCUGAAGUCAACCAACCAAAACCUGUAUGCCUUAGACAGCGCUCCUCCACACGCUGUAAACCUCGACCUGUCUCCAUGCCGGUGGAGUCGUUUUCCGGUGUGUCCGACCCGUCCUCCAGGCCUGGCGCUAAGGGAAGGAAAGGGCAGGACGUUCUGCACAGGUAUCUGAGUAACGAGGGAAUCAGCACCAUCACAGAGGAGGAGCCAUGUUACCCUCUGCCGUACCGAGGACACCCGUCUGUCCGCGGUGUCGACCACAUCAGAGGCAGCCAGUGCUUCAUCAAUGCCGACCUGCACAACAGCGCGACCAUCCCUUACCAGGAAGCAGCGUCCAAAAAGUCUGCCGCCUCCACCUCUGCUGCUGUUUCUCCUCCUCUGGCUGUGACCAAGCAGUCGACGUCGCUGCUCGGAGGCUGGCUGGCUCGUCUCAGGCUGCUCAGCCACGUGGUGCUGUCAACCUGUUUUCUCCGUGUGGUGAGCUGCAGGGGGAAGCUGAUUGGACAGGAGGCUGAUGGCGCUUACUUUAAAAUGACACCUGCUGAUGCCGGCCUCCCUCCUAACGAGACCGACCCGCUGAGAGACUCUAGUUCCUCCUCUGCUGAGCGUCAGUCUGCUGCAAAGACACCAAACUGCUGGACGUCCAGACUGCAGCAGGCAGAUGACACACCAGCUGUUGCAGUGCAGCCUGAACCUGUGACAUUUCAAUUACACCUGCUGUCUUUCCUACCCCCACUGGCUGCAGCCAUGAGUCGGCGGCGGGUUUCGAUCAAAGAACUGGGCGUGGUGGACUGUCAGGGGUGGCUCCUCCGCAGGAAGGAGGGCCGCAGCUUCCUGGGAAGCAAAUGGAAGAGAUACUGGUUUGUCCUGAAGAAGAGCUGUCUGUACUGGUACACUGACAAGAUGGCAGAGAAAGCAGAAGGAUUCAUCAACCUGUCCGGCUUCACCAUCGAACAGGCCAAACAGCACAAGAAAAAACAUGCCAUAACAGCCAGUCAUCCGUUGGUUGUGACCAUUUUCGUCGCUGCAGAGAGCUUCACAGACAUGAAUAAGUGGAUCAGUAAACUGUCAGAAGCAGCCGAGCCAUGCGAACUGAUCAACACUGAAGAGUGCUACAGCGAGGGCAGCGAUCAGGACACGGAUGAGUUGAAUUCCAGUUCUUUGGAACCCGAACAGGAAACAGAAGAAUCUGAAAAUGGGGACACUUUUCGGCCUCUCUGUGACUCUUCACCCUGCGCCUCAACCCCGCCCACUACACUGAACAGUGAAAGCAGAAGUAGAAGUACCUCCGAUGGCGCAACUUUAAGUACAGAAAGAAGAAGAGCCUCAGGGGGCAGUAAGCGUCUGUCAUGGUUGGACCUCCCCAGACCAGAGGGAGCAGGUAAAACAGUGUCCCUGCCUCUGCUCCAUGUCAGUGAGGAAAAAGAAGAGGAGGCCGUCCAUAAACACCUGGCUACCACACCUGAGAAGCCACCUGAUGAGAUGGAGAGCCUCUACAGGCACCUGAGGGCAGCCAGCUUGUCUCCGAUUGGACAGUCCAGUAAGAGGGACUUCAGAGCGUCCUUCAUCAAACGAUGUAAGAACGAAAAAGUCAACGAAAAGCUUCACCUGCUCAGGAUCCUCAGAAGCACAUUAAAGGCCAAAGAGUUGGAACUGCAGGCGGUGGAGCAGAUCCUGACCGACCCGGCCCUCACAGCUCCCACAUACAGGGAAUGGAGACUCUCAAACUCCAUCUUGCUGCAGGAGAUCAGCCAACGCAACCAGGCAGCAGGAGGCGCUGCAGAGCUGAGACCUCCUGAGAACUGAGCUGAGACUGGGACCACAUUAACGCCAAGGACGAUGAAACACUGUUUCAGAUUUUCCUUCCGCACUGAAACACAGAGAUGGCAAAAAUCUUUCAGCUGUUAUGUGUUAAGAAGUGGGACAGAGACCAGGCCACUGUGCUGGAUCUCACUGUGCUGGAUCUCACUGGGUGAACUGGGACCGAACAACGGUGCUAAGCAUGUUGUAGGUGACUGUUUAAUGCUUUAAUGGUUCACCUAGAUGGCAGUGGUGGAAAGUAACUCGAAGUACUCUACUUAAACUUGUACUUGAGUUAUUUCAAUGUUACGCUUCACCACAUUUUGGAAGCAAAUAUUGUAACAUUUACUCAGCUACAUUUAUUUGACAGCCUUAGUUACUUUGCAGAUUUCCGAUUUUUUAAUACUAAUUUUAUUCAUAUAAAAAUAUAUAAAUUAUGAUGUAGGUUAGCGCAGUGGUUCCCAACAUUUUUCCUGAAGGGACCCCUUUUUUAUCAGUUACAUAUUUUAUAUAUAUUUUUUAUUCUAUAGCUGAUAAAAAGCACAAUGACAGUAAUAUAAUAUAGUUACAUAAUAACUGCAGGACGAUCUGGAGGAAUUUUGAGCAGAUUAUUUCAUGUCAGUUGCAUCAGAUAAGUUUUCCUGAUAUUUUCAGUCUGUCUGCAUUAUGUUUUUUUUUUUUAAAUGUCUAAACAAUUGUAUUUCUUCACAGAAAUGAAUGAACUGCUGAUAUAUAGGCCUACUAUGUAUAUUUUUAAAGUUUUCUUACUUUCUUAAGAUCAAGUACACCUCGUGACCCCUCAUGAAGCUUUGGCGACCCCUAAUGGGGAUCCCAACCCCCAGGUUUAGGACCUCCAUUAGUACAGGCUUUAGGUACUUGAAGUAUAUUUCAUGAACUUUACUUGUAACAUUUAUACAUAAACAGUAUUUUUUACACUGCAGUAUUUCUUUUAUUUACCAGGUGUGUAGUGGGGGGCAAACCCAAGUAAAGCCUUUUUAUCCACCUCUUUGAAAUAAAGAGUUUAUUCAUCUAUUUUCAUAUCAACCGUAUCAAUGAGGGGAAACAAGGUGGGUAAACUACAGUUAACCUUCCUCCGUAUUCACCACUGCACCCCUGAGUAAAAGAUCUGAGUCAUCCACCACUGCCAGAUGGUUGAGGGGUUAAACAUCCAGUCUGCAGCCUCAUUUACUCCAUGAUCAGUGUUGUUUUAAAAGAUCCAAACACAUUUUGCUCCUUUAAAUUGACAUAUUUCAGUUUUUAUUGUCAAACAUUUGAACAAUUAUAAAAUGAUUACAGCUCAUGAACCAGCUGACUGAUUCCAGCUGUAGGACAUCAGUCAUCAUUUUUAUAUUCAAGUUGUCUGGGCUGAAUUGGUCGUCUAUGGUAGGUAGUCAGUGAAAUGCUCUCAAAUGUAAGGUUAGUAUCAAACAUACAAUUAAGUCUCAUCCAGUUUUAACCUUAACUUCCUAUUAUCUGAACAGCACCCAACCUUGUUUGAGUAUACAUCAUUCACUUGUGAGUUGGUUUCCUCUUCCACACUACAACUCCAAUGUUUCCACUCUGGAGAAAAACUGUUUAUUCAAUGUGGAUGGAAGCUCAAAUCAGAGAGGAAUAGAUGUCUGGAGAAGACUCAACCUGGGAGAAACUUUAAUGAGGAAGUUAAUGCUUCAGUAUCACACGACGGGACAUUAAUAAAAGGCACCAACACUGCCGGGGUUGACGGUCCAAUUCCCAUUAGCAGAGUCUGAGGAGUGAACAAGUUGCUUCUGGCCCCUCUACACAUUUAAUACAAAGAACCAAAAAUUAACACUUUACAAAAAAAAAC